CUAUGGGUGUGUCCGAAAUCACCUAUCACACAUGUAUGUGAAUUUUUCUGUUGAAUACCUACUACUCUUAAUGAAAAUGCAGUAGGCACAGCAGCCACUGCACUGCCCAGUAAGCGCAACAUCGGACAUACUACUACGUGGUCAUCUUGCCACCAACUGACCCGGAUGUGACAAUACAAGUCACUCAUUCUUCAAUCAUUCAUAAUAAUGAAUCGUUUUUGUGUUGGAGAGCGUGCACAGAUCCAGAAGCAUGAAGUAGAAGGAGGAUUAUUUGCCCUGCGGACGAAGAUAGACUAUACCAUGCAUGUUACAGCUGCAUUAGCUAACCCUGAAGAUGCCCAUCUUUUUGGAGUAAAAAGACAGUGCCCUAUCUCUGACAGCUUGAGUUACUUUCAUGCUACAUCCGGUUAUCCCCCUGAUGCUUUGCAUGAUUUGCUUGAAGGGAUCGUGCCUCUAGAAAUAGCACUCUGUCUUGAUGUGUUUGUAAAGAAAAAAUACUUCUCUCUUCAGGAGCUAAACCAUUCCAUACAUCAGUUUCCUUACCAGUGGAGUGACAAAACAAACAGCCCACAACCUAUUCCCCCAAAUUUUGCAUCACGCAAGAGUGUAGGAGGCAAUGCACACGAAAAUUGGUGCCUGUUGAGAAUGUUACCUUUUAUGAUUGGUGACAGAGUGCCCGAAGAUGACAAAGCAUGGGAGGUUCUCAUGACCCUGAAAGAUGUUGUUGAGCUUGUAAUGGCCCCUGUCCACACAGAUGAGACACUAGGUUACAUGGAAAGCAAGAUCAGUGAACACCGUCACAGGUAUUUAGAUGUGUUUCCAAGUAGUAAGUUGACACCAAAACACCACUUCCUUGAACAUUACCCACAGCUUACAACCAUGUUUGGACCACUUGUGGCUCUUUGGACAAUGCGUUUUGAAGCCAAACACAGAUUCUUUAAAAGGAUAGUUAGACAGACUGGCUCUUUCAGAAACAUUCUCAUGACAAUGGCAAGAAAACACCAAUCAAUGAUUGCUUAUCACAUCCAUGAUGACAACAGUCAAAGGCCAGCAUUUCUAGUGUCCAGAAUGACUCAAGUGCCGGUUGAAAUGCUAAAAGACAGCAUUAAGGAGUCAUUUGCAAAAAAGUUUCCUGGGGUAGUAUCUGUGAGUUUGACAAGCAAAGUCACCAUUUUAGGCAGAGACUAUAAUGUGGGAAUGUUGUUGCCCUUUGGAUCAACAGGAGGAUUGCCUGACUUUGGAAAAAUAAUACAAAUAAUCAUUGUCCAUGAAAGCCCCAUCUUUGUUAUGAAGUUGCUAAGUGGGUGGUACCAUGACCAUCUAAGGAGCUUCAAAGUUGAGCCAACAGGAGAGAUUGAAAUCAUACAGCAUUCAGAAAUGAAAGAUGCAUACCCCCUGGCUGCAUACAAUACAGCAGAUGGCCAAGUGGUGUCCCUUAAGCACUUCAUUUGGACAUCCGAUUAGGUGAUGACAGCAUAACCCAAACAAUAAUGGCAAUCCAGUUACGAGUCAUCAUCGAAGAAGAUGAUAUAAGAAAGUUGGUGCUUCCA